CCGAACCCGGGUGCUGCGGGGUGCACCUUCUACGAGCACUCCUUCCGCCCAUGUUCGAGGUUCGGGACCGGAUUCGGCUGUGUUGAUGACUGGUGGGGCUGCGGGUCGAGACGAGGAGGCUACUGGUCGGCAGGGGAAAUCUAUGAUGGACGUUGUGUCCAGGCGUAGAAGGUAUGGUGAGACGUCCGUUGCAGGUGUGGGAGACGAGGUUCCUGUCGUCGACCACAAAGACAGGUGUUGGAUGUUGGACUGGGUGGGUGGAAUCAGGGAACCCUCAAGUGGGCUGGUUUUGUACGUGGUGAUCAAAGAUAACAUUGUUCCGAUUGGCGGUGUGGUGAAGUGGAGUGGAGGAAAUUCACAGUUCGCCAUGUCGGAGUUGACGAUGGUCCUUAACGCUAGAGGGCAUGAGCCGGUGGUGCAUGCUUCCACCCGCAUAUCUAAACCGAAAAGCGUGCUUUCGUCAUCUUUGGAGGCAGCUCCGUCGUCGAAACCAAUCAUUAUAGAUGCCCGCCCACCGCCAUCGCUUCGGACUACGGUUGCUGCAACACGAGUUCCGAAAUCUGGGCAGAUCGGGGAGAAAGGUCCUUAUCGCGGGCAAAUCGUGCCGUCAGCCCCUGUGAAGCGUAGAUCAACAUUAACCAAGGAACCCGUUUCUUUGGUCCCCCCGCCACGCUAUGAGUUGGUCAUUCCUGCUGGGUCGCAUUAUUUUGGAGAUGACGACGAGGAGAACAGCGAGGAAGAUUGGGAGCGGGAUGAAGAACGCGAAGAAUAUGAGGAGGGUGGCGGAGAAGAGAAAGUAGAGAGUGAGCACACAAUCAGUGAGAGGGGUGGGCCGAGCGAAUUGGAGGGUCGUCUAGGGGUUGAGUAUGAGGACGAAGGGCAAGAAGAGGAAACGACCGGCGAGGGAGGGUAUGCAGAUGUGCAUUGGGGUUCCAAACGAACGCAGCUGCUCGUGUCGGGUCAUGGGCAUUGGGAAGCGGAUCCAGGGCGCGGGGAAAUGCACCGCAAAGUUGGGGUCGAGCCGGUGCAUGUCGAUGCAGUCCGACUAGCUGAGAAGAAAAGGAAGAACAUGCAAGAGAGGAGAAGUACUUUGGACAGUAAGAAAACCAAGCAGGAAGGGGGAGCCAAGCAAGAGGAGGGCAAACACAAGUUGAAAACGUUGGCAGUUGAGGAGGCCGUCCAACGUACGCGGGAGGCUGAGGAGGCCAUGAAGAAAAAACGGCAGCCAAGGAAAAAAGCAGCGAAGGGAGGUAUGAUGGAAAAAACUUCCGUUUUUCCACUGGACCAGCCACAGUCGGAUGAAGACGCUGUGGGCAAGACAGUCACCAGACCGCCCGGUUUGCAGAUUCUGUCGCCUGGGAAUUCUUCUCGUCAUCUGAGCAAAGGCUUCUUCCUUGAGUUCGACGAGAAUGGUAACCAGAGGCCGGAAAUGCAGUUCAUUACUGUCAAGUUGGACAGGAUUCUCGAUAUUCCUGACGAGGAAUUCAGAUAUAAUCAACGCUUCCUCGAUCAGGAGCUUAUUGAUGACCUCUACAAAACAAUGAUUGAGUCGGAUCCAUCAUCUGCCGAGCAGGUGGCUAACAUAUUGGCACUUGUGCGGAGAGAGAGAAAGCCGAAGAUGUUGACUGAUGUCGUGGAGAAGAACUUUCUACCAUCAAAGUGGAAAAUGGCAGGUAUGGAUCCACCGGAGAAAGUGGUCUAUGAUGGUAUGGAAAGGGAGUCGAAUGCGAUGGUGGAGACAUUGGAGCAUUUUUGUCCUGCGGAUGAGGCUGUCGUUUUCCUCGGGAAAGGUCAUGCGGGAUUGGUUUGGGAACUGUUAAAGAGUCACCGUCAUUGCAUUGUGCUGGAAGGGGAGGGUAUGAAGUUCGAGUUCCUCACUCAGUUCAUUGACAACAUGGUCAAAACUCGAGAUUACUACUACGCCAACUUUACUAAGCCGUCUCCUCGAUAUGAUGAAGGGCGUGAUCUCGUCUACAAGGUUGACCAAAACAUGGUCAAUAUUUGGGAGUUUCUCUUCGAAACAAAGCUGCAAGACAGAGGGGAACAAACUUAUGCCCUCAGAAGAAAAGUGGAGAAGCUCUUGAGGGGUUAUCAUAAAGCACCAUCGGAGAGGGAGGUUUCAUUUCUCGACCGCUUGGAGACAAUGUACUUCGACCAACAAAUCGGGGUGUUUACAAUCGCAGGUUAUGCGACUUGUUUUGUGGAUGAUGAGGACUUUGAUGCGGACGACUCAGAAGAAGAGAGUGUUGAUGGCACUUUGCAAGCGACUUUGGCAGCUGAGAGGCAAAAAGCUUGUAGCCCGGCUUCGCAGAGAAUGGGUGUUCAAGGCACAUCAUCCGGUUCUGAAGGAGCUUCAAGCAUGGCGGUUUCAACGGAUCAGUUAAUGACUCAGCCGCCGACUUCUUUUAUUGUUACACCGACUCAGAUGGCGGGCAAUACGAUGACGGUGGCAUCCAGAGACAGUCUGGAUCCGAAUCUUCUAGCAAUGCUCUCCCCAGAGUUAAUGGCAACUCUGACACCAUUUGCACAUAACCCAAGUACUAUUAUGGAAUUGCUACGCUCUCGAACUCCGCAACAACCUCCAUUUGAUGAGCCUUUGGAGUACGAGAUUGGAGACACAAUCCCUGCAGACAUUCGACUGCUUCCGGGGCCUAUAGUGUGCCGAGACGAUUAUACGGUGACGGAUGAUGCCACAUGGGGACCAAGCGGCAGUGGUUCAACUGUCGAAGGCUCUCAGGGGCCUCAAGAAACAGAGCGCAAGGGAUCAGGAUCGAGUGGUGGUUCAACUGUCGAAGGGUCCCACCGUCGAGUCGAACACGACAGUGGCCUCGCAUUGGAGCGUUCCUGGCUUGACCAAGCGAAGAAACUCACGGUCGAGUCGAACCCGACUGUGGGAUCGGAAACGAUCGCCGGUGCAACUGGCAAGGCUUCGGGACCACGGGGUGCAGUGCAACUAUCGGCGGUGCUUCACCUGUCAAAGGGUCACACGGUCGUGUCGAACAUGACACUCGUCCAACAUUCGAGCGUUCGUGGCUUGACCAAGCGAAGAAACUCACUGCCGAGUCGAACCCGACAGUGGGAUUGGGAUCAAUCGCCGGUACAAGUGGCAAGGCUUCAGGACAAAUCGACGUUGUUUCACCUGUCGAAGGGUCACACGGUCGAGCCGAACACGACAGGGGUCCACUAUUGGAACGCUUCCAGCUUGACCGAGCGGAGAAACUCGUGGUUGAGUCCAACCCGACACAGCAAUGGGGAUCGAUUGCCGAUGCGAGUGCCAAAACUUCGGGACGAAAAGGCGGUGUGAGUUGCGAGGGCGUGAGUACCGCUGACCAAGUUUGAGCGACUACGAUACUAGUGGGCGAUAGUGCCAAAACUUCGGGAUGAAAAGGCGGUGUGAGUUGCGAGGCUAUAGAAGUGGAUAUUACUGGUACACUCACGGGAUUGCAGAUGCCGUCGUCGACGAUGCCAGCCGAAGUAAGCGGCACUUUCCGGGACACUUUUGAGGGCGUAAAGGAGGAAGAAACUCUCCAUGUACAGGGCAUCGAAGAGGAUGAAGGACAUAUAGUACUAAGUACACCGGAGGAAGCUGUACUUGUAUAACCUCAACAAACGCUUGAACAACCU